AUGCCAAUUUCUAUAAUUUUUAUCCUUGUGGGAUUGGUUGAGGUUUCAAAUUCCUAAUGGUAAAGUUAAAAUAGUUUCUUAAACUAUGAUUAGAAAUUCACUUAAAACACUGGAUCAAAUGCUUAUAUUUAUUCAGGAAACUUUUUAUUACCUUCAAGCUAAACUACUGCAAAUUUUAUCACUUGCACAUCUCCUCCUACAAGCUACAUUACUUUAAAUUAAAUAUAUCCAUCUGCCUUAAAUUAUUAUAAUUACUAAUUCAAUGAUUAGGAUUGGAUAUCUAUGGAUUUUUAUUUUCAGGGUACAUGGUCUUCUGAAGAUGUUAAAUUUACCUUAGGAUCAUUUUCAUACCCAUACACCUACAAAUCCCCUACUACCUACACAAUGUCAGCUGGUUUUUGUGAUACUACUCGUUUUGAAGUUAAAACUGUGAAUUUUACACUCUCCCUAACACAAGGUACAACUUCAGGAUAAAUUACAUUUACAUCCUCUAAUUCAAAUUCAGGUUUAGUUUCGAUUAGAAAUGUCUAUGUAUCAAGAUUAUAAUGUUAUCCAUCAUGUAUUAAAUGCACAGGUCCAAAAUACAAUUAAUGUACAUACUGCUAUUAUGGGAUCCAAACAAACAAUAUUUGUCCAUCUUGUCCAUAAAAUUAAUACUAUUGGAAGAACAUAGGGUGCAGAGAAAUUUGUGAGAUAUACUCUCCAUUAUAUUAGAAUGGAUUUUGUUAGAGUUAUCCAAUUUCUCAACUAGAUUAUGGUUAUAUCACAUCACCAGUCACUUAAACAGAAAAUUUGAAAUGGUAAUAGAUAUAUGACCCACUACAUGUAGAUACAACUCCAACUAUUAUUACUUAAUAUCCAUAUACAUAUGGAGUAUUUAAGUUUAAUUCCGGAGUUUAUAGAUAUUUCAAUACAUUGGCUUCUUAUUCCUUUUACACUUAUUUGAUUGGAUUGAAAAUAACAAUUAUGCUUUAUAAUGAUAUUCCAAUUAAUUGUGGAAUAUAGUUUAAGAUUAACAAUACUUACUAUGGAUCUAUUUAUAGAAAUACUUCUGGAAUUCAAACCCAUAAAUUCAAAAUCUCUUAAACUUCUACUUAUGGAUCCUAUUCAACUUAUUCGUCAAAUACAAGAUAUGAAUUAAUUUCAUAUGUUGAUAUUCCAAAAUAUCCAUUUCUAUUUUCAGCAGUAGGAAAUUAUACCGAUGGCACAGCAGGAUGGGGUAUGUCUUAAGUCUAAACUACUUCAGGAUAUUGUUCUUAAUAUUGUACAUUGUGUGAAGUAUCAUUUAAAUGUAAGACUUGUUAAAGUGGUUUCUAUUUUUAUCGAGAUGGUAGUUGCAUAAGUAAUUGCAUGUCUCCUUAUUAGAGAUUAAGUGGUUCUUAUUGCUAUGAUUAUGAUGAUGAAACACCUUAUUCUGAAUAUUUGAUUUAAGAAUAUAUAAAUCAAGCAGCUGACCCAGGAUAAUAUGCGUAAUAUACUUUAAUCUCUCAAAAUGGAUUAAACUUUUUAAAAGGUUCAGAUAUCUAUUUUUCAUAUUGGUAAGGAUAUAGAGUCUUUGGAGGACCUUUUGUAUGGGCGUAGGCUAAAUUCUAAAGGGUUCAUAAUAUAAUAAAUCCACAUCACAGUGUUACUAUUGCAUUUUAUAUUUUAUAUGGACCUUCAUUCCCUUCAGAUGGGAAGUUUAUAUAUACAAUUGAAAGUAAUGCACCAGUCACUAAAUCAAGUGCAAGUUCUACUAAUUCAUAUUCUGAUAGUUCAAAAUCUGAUAAAGUAUAUGAAAAAAUCCUUCAUAAUACAAAUACAUUAACAAUAACUUGGGAAUGCUUUGGUCCAAAUAAUGAACCAAUCAAGGCAUAUUGUGGAAUCUAAAAUUAUUACAUUGCUGUACAUAAUUGCUAACCUUAUUGUUUAUAAUGUUCAGAUUAAUCAACAUGUACUUUAUGGAACAGCACUUAUGAUUCUAACAUAGUUAAAUUUUCUUAAGCAGAAUGCUAGAAUGUUAAACUUGUCCAUCAUCCUGUUUAACUUGUUCAUCCAAACUAGAUUGUUAAACAUGUUAAUCAACUUAUACCUAAUCUAAAUUAGGAUGUACUUGCACAAUACAUUAAUAUGAAGAUUCAAAUUAAUGUUUUGAUUGUCCUAUUGAGUGUAAUUAAUGUUUAACUUUCACUUACUGUAUAGAAUGCUUAAUUACUAAUAAUAGACAAUUAUCCAAUGGAUAAUGCGAUUGUAUUGAUGGAUAUUAUCCAAUUGUGUCAAAUCCUUAAUGUUAGCUAUGUCAUUUAAUUUUGUAAAACUUGUAUAGGGCCCACUUCUGAUGAAUGUUUAACUUGCAAUGAUAUUACUAAUAUUGAAAAAGUAGGAUCAACGUGUAGAUGUCCAGCAGGAUCUUAUUAUUAGGAUGCAACAAGAAAUUGUUUGUUUUGUCAUUCAUCAUGCUUAACUUGCUUUAGAACCACAAUUGAUGGCUGUUUAACAUGUAAUUCUACUUUAAAUAGAUUAUUAAAAGGGUUAAAAUGUGUUUGUGCACCUGGUUAUUAUGAAUAAAGUAAUUUUUGUACAAAUUGUCCAAUUACAGAAGAUCCAUCUCUUAGUGAAUGUUAUAAAUUGUGUAAUAAUAAUUAGUUGAUAUGGCAUACAAUAACUUGUAGUUCUUGUGAUACUGGAUUUCAAUUAGUAUCUGGAGAAUGUCAACCUAUUUGUGGAGAUUUAUAAAUCAAAGGAUAUGAAUAAUGUGAAGAUAAUAAUACACUCCUUAAUGACUUAUGCUAUAAUUGUUAAUUUUAAUGUCCAGCUCAUUGUUUAACUUGCGAUUCAUUAACUACUUUACCUUGUCCUGAUGUUUGUGGGGAUGGAAUCAUUUCAGGAGUAGAGGAAUGUGAAGAUGGUAAUACCAUUUAAUAUGAUGGAUGUUUUAAUUGUAAAUAUUAAUGCUAACCUUAAUGUACAAAGUGUAUAAAAGGACAGUGUUUUGAGUGUGCAACUGGAGGUUGGUUUAUUGAUCCAUUAAUUACUCCUUGGUAAUGCAAAGUUCGAUGCGGAGAUUAAUUGAUAUCUGGAGAUGAAUAAUGCGAUGAUGGAAACACUUCUGAUACUGAUGGAUGCAAAGAUUGUAAGUACUUCUGCAGAAUUGGUUGUUCAUCUUGUGAUUAUACAACCAACACAUGCUUAAGUUGUGCACUCCCUGGGUUUGUUCCUAAAUCUUACUAUUGUUAAAAUGUAUGUGGAGAUGGCUUAGUUGUAGUAGAUCCUAAUGGAUUUUUCUAAGAGCAAUGUGAUGAUGGCAAUACAAUUAAUUAUGAUGGUUGCAGUAGCUCUUGUUAAUUUUAGUGUUAGCCAACAACUAUUUGCACAAGUUGUGUAAAUAAUAGAUGUGAAAUAUGCGCUACUGGAUAUUAUCUUUCUGAUAAAAAAGUAUGUAUACCAAUUUGUGGAGAUGCUUUGAUUGUGGUUGGUGAAUAAUGUGAGAAUUCUUCUAUAUUACCAUAUAAAGGGUGUAAUAAUUGCUAAGCGAAAUGUUAAUCUUCUUGUCUCAAUUGUAGUACUUCUGGACUUGGUUGUUAAUAAUGUAAAAGUGGUUACAAUAGAAUUGAUAAUUUAUGUUAUUCAAUUUGUGGUGAUAAAAUAAUAACUGAAGAUGAAUAAUGUGAUGAUGGCAAUUUGAUUAUUGGAGACGGAUGCCAUCUUUGUCAAUUUAAUUGUUAGGACUCAUGUCUUUAUUGUCUUUAAGGAAUCUGUUAUGAUUGUUAAGAAGGUUAUUAAUUAAUAUAAUCUAAAUGUUACUCUAUAUGUGGAGAUGGGCUAUAGAAAAAUAAUGAGUAAUGCGAAUUUAACACUUCAUUACAGAUUUAUCAAAAUUGUUAAUCUUGUAAAUAUAUUUGUGAUUUGAAUUGCUUAUUGUGUUAAUUUGGUAUAUGUUACCAAUGUAAUGACGGAUAUGAAUUAUCCUCAAACAAAUAAUAUUGUGUUAACUCUCUAUAAUAUAAUUUAAUGAUAAUAGAAAACUGUCUUAUAUAAAUUGGGAAUAUUUGUAUUUAAUGCGAAGAUUAUGCCUACUUUGAAAAGGCUGAGUAGAAGUGUAAUUUAAUAGUAGCACCAUUGAGUUUUUGUCAAUAUUAACUUAAAUUAUCUCCAGAUUUAUAUUGUAGUUAUUGUUUUGAUUAUUGUACAUCUUGUAAUGAAAAUAAUUGUAUAGAUUGCCAAAAUGGUUAUUAUUUAGAUGAAAAUUUUUCUUGUAUUUCAUUUUGUGGGGAUGGAAUAUUAGCACAUGAUGAACAAUGUGAAAUUUUUAAUAAAAAUUGCUUAAGUUGCAUGUUUGAUGCUCCAAAAUUAUGUGAGCUAUAUUUUGAAGAUCAAUGUUUUGAAUGUGAAAAUGGGUAUAUUUUUAAUUAGUACAAUAAUGCUUGUGAAUCUUAGUGUGGAGAUGGAAUAAUUGUCCAUGAUGAAGACUGUGAAGAUAAUAAUUACAUCGAAUUUGAUGGUUGUUAUUAUUGUUAAUAUUCUUGCAGUUAAUACUGUAUAAAUUGCCUCAAAGGAGUAUGCUAAUAAUGUGAUCGACAUCAUCUACUUAGAGAUGGAUUUUGUUAUGGAAAACAAAAUGAAAUUGAUGUAUUUCCAGAAUGUUAAUUUAACUUAAAUGGAGAAUGUUUAAUUUGUGAGGAAGACUUUUAAUUAAAUGAGUAUGGAGAUUGUGUUCCAAAAUGUUCUGAAAGCUGCAUUCAUUGUUAUAAUGGUUAAUGCUUUGAAUGUGCAGAAUAAUAUGAACUUUAUAAUGAUACAUGCUUGUUAAUUUAGCAAUGUUAAAUAGGAUUGCAUUUAAGUUAAGAGUUAUAAAUUUGUUAAUCUUCAUGUGGUGACGGAUAUGUAACUGGAUGGGAAGAAUGUGAUGAUUAAAAUAUGGAACAAUUUGACGGUUGCUAUUAGUGCAAGUAUGAAUGUGAUGAUAAUUGUAUCGAAUGCAUAUAUGCUGAAUGCUUUCUAUGCUCUUAAGAAUUUAAUUUAGUCGAGAAUAAAUGCUUAUCAAAAUGUGAAGACACAUGCCUUAAUUGUGUUUAAGGAGUAUGUUAGUUAUGCAGUAGUGGAUAUUUCUUAAAUGAAUAUUUCAUUUGCGUAAAAAUAGACUGUGAAUACGAUUUUAGUUGUACUUCACAUUGUGGAAAUGGCAUAAUAGAGGAUAUGGAAUAGUGUGAUGAUUAGAAUCUAUUUAAUGAUGAUGGUUGUAACAAUAAUUGUGAAUAAACUUGUGAUGUUAAUUGUACAAGUUGUAUUGAUGGCGUUUGUUUUGAAUGUAAAGAAGGGUGGAAAUUGGGCUUAUUCUUUUGUGAUCCAAUUUGUGGAGAUUUAAUUGUUGUGGGAAAUGAAGAAUGCGAUGACGGAAAUUAGAGUAAUUUUGAUGGGUGUUUCUAAUGUAAAUACCAAUGUUCUCAGCAUUGUGAAAUUUGCUUGAAUGGAAUAUGUCAAUCUUGUUAACUUAAUUACCAAUUGGAUUAAUUAAGUAAUUCUUGCAAACCAAUUCAACCCUUGCUUACAAUUAAUGAAUAGCCUAAUUGUAAAAUAUUAAAUAAUAACAAAUGCAUAUUUUGUUAACAUGGAUAUCUUGAUUCAUUUACCAACACAUGUAUAAUUGAUUAUAAUAUGAAUAAAUGCUCUAAAAAUUGUAAAAAAUGUGUGCUUUCCAAAUGUUUAGAAUGUGAAUUUGGAUAUUAUGGUAAUAAUUGUAUGCCUAAAUGUGGAGAUGGUAUUAUUGUUUAGGAAGAGGAAUGUGACGACAGAAGUGAAUUCUAAUUAGAUACUUGUUUAAAUUGUAAAUUCUAGUGUCCUCAAUAUUGUAAGUCCUGUGCUUAUGGAGUUUGUACUAAUUGCAUUUCAGGGUUCUAUUUGGAUAUUGUAAGUAAUUCAUGUAACUCUGUUUGCGGCGACAAGAUACGAGCAAGGGAUGAAGUUUGCGAUGAUGGCAAUGAAUUGAAAUAUGAUGGUUGUUAUUAGUGUAAAUAUUAAUGCCAAAUGGAGUGUUUAGAUUGCUAAUUUGGAAAGUGUACGUAAUGUGAACCACCUUUAAUACUCGUACCAUCAAAAAGUAUGUGUGAAGAACGAAAAUCAUGUAAAGGUCUAAUAGGAUUGUAUUAUGAUAAUUAUAGUAAUGAUUGUUUGCCACAAUGUGGGGAUGGUAUUGUUGUUGGCCUUGAAUAAUGUGAGGAUUAGAAUAAUAUUCCUUAUGACGGAUGCUACGAAUGCCAAUAUUAAUGUCAUAAAAUGUGCUCUAAUUGCCAAAAAGGAUUAUGUUUUGAAUGUAAAAAUGGAUAUCAUUUAAAUGGCCAGUAAUGUAUAACAAAGUGUGGAGAUGGUAUUAAAAUUGGAGAUGAAUUAUGUGAUGAUCAAAAUGAUGUUGUUAGAGAUGGUUGUACUUUUUGCAAAGUUGAUCCUUUGUAUAAAUGUGAGGAAGAUUAAAGCCUAUUAACCUUUUGUUACAGAUGCUAAGACAAUUGCGAGGAGUGCAUAUAUAACUUGGAUAUGGUAGAAUGCAAGCGUUGCAAGACUGGAUAUUUCCUUAAGGAUAAUACUUGUAAUUCAUGUUCGGAAAAGUGCGAGGAGUGCGUCAAUACUCCAAACAACUGCACAGUGUGCUCAACUGAUGGUUGUACAAAAUGUGAUAAUAUAUCUGGGUUUUAUCUGGAUAGAAAACUAAAAUCAUGUGUUACAAAAUGUGGAGAUAAUAUCCUCGCAGGAAGUGAAUAAUGCGAUGACGGAAAUAAAAUCGAUAAAGACGGAUGCAACUCUAGAUGUGAAAUUGAAAAAGAAUUCAUUUGCAAAGAGAGCAGCUGCUAUGUACCACCUGAGAAAUAAAUUGGUUUGUAAUAUACCAACUCAACUACUGCUAGUGAUUUCGAUUUAAUAUUUAAGGAUCUCAAGAUAGAUGGUGUUUGUGAGAAAUUGAAAAUUUGGAUAGAAGAAUUUUAACCUAAUGAAUUCAAGUAUGAAGUUUCAAUAAAAGAAGGUGAAAACUCAAAAACAUAAGCUAAGUGUGAAAUCAAAUUUAAUUUCUUUAAAACCAUUAUGGAAUACAAUCUUAUACAUUUAAUAGUACCAUUAAAGGAAAAUAUCACAAGAGUUCUUGAAGAAGAAACUAGAGAGAUUAUUAUUACACCAAGAAGAUUAAUUUAUUAUAAUCAAGAUCAAAAGGAUCAAGCUUAAAGUGUAGUAGCUGCAUCAUCAACCUUAACUUUUCUCCUAUAAUUAAUUGGGCCUUUAACAAUUAUUCUCGGAGGAUUCAAUUUUUUUUGGACAAUUUUGGAUAUAUUGACUUGGAUUAAUAAUUUUUAUUUUCUAAAUGUGGAUUACCCUUUGAAUGUUAAGUUAUUAUUCAAUUAAUUUCAAUGGGGUGAUGUGAUUAAUAUCCCUGAUGUUUUCACAUUAAAUUCACCAGAUGAUCCAUAUUAUUUUGAAGCACCUCCAAAAUUUACUGAAAAAGAUGUCAAUCCAUUGUUUUUAAAUAACAUUUAAUUAUUUAGUGGGUUAAUUUCGCUAGCAAUUUUGGGUUAUUUUAUUUCAAUUUGCAUUGUGUCAUUUUUAUAAAGUAAAUAUUUAUAGAAUAACAUGAAAAUACAUAAAAUAGAAAUAUUUUCAGUCAGCGAGAUGAAUAAGAGUCUUGAGAUGAUGUCACCACAAAAAUCGCAAAUGAAACAAAUUAAUUUAAAAAGUUAAAAGAUGCCCUAUAUUAUAAAUCACGUAUAUAAUGAAAUUCUAUGGUUUAAAGAGAAUUUUAGAGCAAAGUUACUUUAAAUUAUAGGAUUGGUGUUUUUGGAUAUUUGCUUAGCUUGUGUUCUUUAAUUAUAAUAUAAAGCAAAUGAAGAGUACGUAAUAAUAAAAUUAAAUAUUGUUUUGGCUAUUAUUGGAGUUAUUUUUAUAUUGAUAGUGUUUAAAAUGUACUCUUUUGUUUGUUCCUAACAUGAGAUUUUGUAUGAGAGCAAAAUGUUUUAGAAUUAUUAUUCAUCCUUAUAUGAAGGUAUCGAUACAAAAAAGAUAUUGGCUAGAAAUUAUUGUUAUGUCAAUUUAAUGAGAAAAGCCUUUUUUAUAUUUUUUACAGUGUACUUUUAUUAAGUGCCAUUGUUAUAGACGUCAUUAUGUUGUUUAAUUUGCUUUUUGAAUUUAGCUUUGAUUUUGUAUUAGAAUCCAUUUGAAAGUAGAAGUGUGCUUAUAUAAUCAUCAAUACCUGAUUUUUGUAUAUUUAUUAUAAUUUUUAUUACUGUUUUGUUGGCUAUUCACGAUGUAAGCAAUAUAUUUUCAUUUGAUCAAAAGUAUUUUAUAGGAUGGAUAAUCUUAUUUUUUAUUGGGUUCUCAAUAUUCGUCUAGAUGAUCUUUUUGUUUUAAUAGUUUUAUAGUAAUUUGAAGGAGAGAGUGAUAUAAUUGAAGGAUUAUUUGUGUAAAUAACCAAGUAAAAAAAUUUGA